CCCUCGUCAAACUGACCCGUGUCAAGACACACCGCAACAAACCACGAUGCUGAUUUUACUCCAGCUGAUAAAUUUAUUGUUGUUGACCAGCAUUGGCUCCACUGAUGCAGAGAAACUCUUCCACAGUCGGGAUCAUUCCGACCUACAGAUCCCCUCCACUCACCAGGCUGAGCUCAUAACAGACCAGGAUACUGCAGAGCUAUUUCUCUCAAGGUACGGCUUCAUAAGACCGGUGAACUGGGAGGAGCUCCAGUUUGACCAAUCAACAGGCAUUUCUAACGAUGAAGACUUUCCCGGGGAGGAAGACCUAUCUGGGAUACAGGAGGGAGACUCAUCGAUGUCACGUGCAGAGACUGAUGAUGAUGAUGACGAAGACUCUCCAAAUCCCACUGAAAGCCAAGCCUUCAUCUCAGCUCUCAGAGACUUCCAGAUGGUGUCCGGCCUGUCUGUCACAGGGCUGUUUGACGACGCCACCAAGGCUGCCAUGAACAAGCCAAGGUGUGGGGUCCCGGAUAAGGAGACGGAUGAUGCUACUGAGGAAGUACACGACUCCACCCGCUCAGCACUUGGUAUCAACACCGCCACCUGGCUAACUAAGAGCACAGACACCUCAGAAUACACUAACAAAACAUUCAGUGGUGUUUUAAAUGGCUCUGCGACUGAUUACACAAUGGACAAUAACAUAUUCACUGACCUUUCUAAUGGCACUGAUGGAAACUAUAGAGAGGUUGACAAUUCAUUCAGUGACAUUUUUAAUAGCACUGUUAGUACCUACAAAGGUGAUAUAUCUGCCAGUACCACAACAGAAUACUACGACCCAGUUGGUGAUACUCUCAAUGAUUCUGCUAUAAACAACACAGAGAAUAACAGCAAUACACACAGUCACACAGUGAACGACCCUACCAGUGCUACUGACAGACCUCAUCAGAGGCCUCCUCCUACCACUGCUACUAACAGACCUCAUCAGAACCCUCCUCCUACCACUGCUACUGACAGACCUCAUCAGCGUCAGAACCCUCCUCCUACCACUGCUACUGACAGACCUCAUCAGAGCCCUCCUCCUACCACUGCUACUAACAGACCUCAUCAGAACCUCAUCACUGACAGACCUCAUCAGAGCCCUCCUCCUACCACUGCUACUGACAGACCUCAUCAGAGCCCUCCUCCUACCACUGCUACUGACAGACCUCAUCAGCGUGAGAGCCCUCCUCCUACCACUGCUACUGACAGACCUCAUCAGAGCCCUCCUCCUACCACUGCUACUGACAGACCUCAUCAGAGCCCUCUUACUACCACUGCUACUGACAGACCUCAUCAGCAUCAGAACCGCGUGGCCUCACUGCUGUCCAAGCGGAGGCAGAAGAGACAUGUGGGGAGACGUGCAUGGGGAAACAUGGCAUUCUCCAAAAUGGUGCUGAAGUGGAGGCUGAUAGGAGAGGGUUACAGCAGUCAGCUGACCAUACAGGACCAGAGACAUAUCAUCAGCCUGGCCUUCAGGAUGUGGAGCGAGGUGUCUCCCCUGGAGUUUAUAGAGGACACAUCCUCUCCCCUGGCGGAUGUAGACAUCAAACUGGGUUUUGGCACAGGGAGACACUUGGGAUGCAACCAGAAGUUUGAUGGUACUGGACGAGAGUUUGCUCACGCCUGGUUCCUGGGAGACAUUCACUUCGAUGACGAUGAACAUUUUACUGCGCCUAACACUGGCAGUGGGAUCAGCCUGCUCAAAGUGGCAGUGCAUGAGAUAGGCCACGUCCUGGGCCUGCCUCACAUCUACAGGACUGGCUCCAUUAUCCAACCCAGUUACCUGCCCCAGGAAUCAGGCUUCGAGAUCAACUGGAUGGACAGGAAGUCCAUACAGCACCUCUAUGGUAGGACAGAUCCACUGUAUCCUCCUCCCCAAAACCAACACCCCCUGGACAGCCCUACCCCUCCCACAGCCAGCGAAGACUACCCCAGUGCUCUCCUGUUCACCUCAGUCACCCCGUCCCCCUGUCCCCUACGUCCGUCCCUGGACCAGGACAGCCCAGACCACCUACUCCCCUCCUCACCGAGCCCUGCCUCCCCAUGGACCAGGACAGCCCAGACCACCUGCUCCCCCUCCUCACCGAGCCCUGCCUCCCCAUGGACCAGGACAGCCCAGACCACCUGCUCCCCCUCCUCACCGAGCCCUGCCUCCCCCUGGACAGUGACAUGCCCACAGCCACACCCAGGCUCCGCCCAGAGGGGCAUCGUUUCGCAGUGUGCCACAGCAACAUAA